GCAAGGCGAAACAACGACAGCUCCCCAUUAGGUACCACAGCCAACUUGACCAAUGGCGCCCACACGCACAAUAAAGAACAAGCACGCCGGCAGCAAAACAGGCGGCGCGGGCGGCGGCAAAAAGCCCUCGUCAGACGGCAUCUCCAAGACGAAAAGCCGAUCAGGGGCCAAAGCAAACCUCCCCGCAAAACAAGUUAAGGGCCGCCCCAACUUGCCAGGGCUUGACAAGAGCAAGAAGAAGAAGAAACCAAUUUACACCGACAAGGAGCUGGGCAUCCCAGAACUGAACAUGGUCACUCCGGUGGGCGUGACCAAGCCGAGGGGGAAGAAGAAGGGCAAGGUGUUUGUGGAUGACAAGGAAAGCAUGACCACGAUACUCGCCCUCGUCCAAGCCGAAAAGGAAGGGCAGAUCGAGUCCAAGUUGAUGCGGGCGCGGCAGAUGGAGGAGAUCCGCGAGGCGCGGCGGAUCGAGGCGGAGAAAAAGGAGGCGGAGCGCAAGGCCAAGCUCGAAGAUACCAAGGAGUCGCUGCGGAGGAAGCGAAAGCGGAAUAAGGACGGUAGUACCGGCAAGGGACAGCACGAGGAGGAGAGCAUCGCGGAAGUUGCUGCUACAGGAACGAAGGCGGCUAAGGCCAAGAAGAAGAGAGUUUCGUUUGCGCCAGAGUGAGGUUCUUACUUGGGGGUUUCUUGGUUUGUAACGGCGUUCAUCUGCAUGGCGGGCGUCUGGCGUUUCUGAGGGGGGCGGCUAUAAUGGGAUUGUAUCGGUUCGGGUUUAGAUACCAUACAGGGUCGUCAGCGGCGGUUUUCCUUGUCCUGGCAGCUAUCUGUCUACAGUCAAACAGUCGGAUUUAAGGGGUUUGUCUGCUGUCAAGCCCUGAAACCGGAAUUUUAUGUGUAUUUGCAUAUGUGAGGAUUGUCUAACUAUGAGUC